AUGGCUCGGGUACUGGUCCCGGGCGGGUUCCCGACACGUGUUGGGCCUUUGUCGGGACUAGGAGAGGUGCCAUUAGCGGACGGGAACGCACCUGCGUUCUAUAAUAUACCAGAGCGGUUUCCCCGUAACGCUCUCGCGGCCAAGAAGUUCCGUGAAGUGCUGUACGGCUGUGGUAGGGCCGCGAAUGGGCAGUCGGCGGCGGGACCCUUCCGCGUUGGACGUAAGCGGCUGCGGCGCUUAAUGGAGCCCACUUGGGGCGCCACCGUCGACGGCUACCCGCGAGUUAUGCGGCUUCGCCAAAUCAAGUUCAUAUCAGGUCAAAUUGCACCAAGCUACUGG